UGAGCACAAGCAGUAGCUUUUUCUAUUCUUCCCACUCCACACUCUGCAUUGCCACUCUUCAAUUCAAUCACACCAGAUGGCUGUCACCUUCUCAGAUCUACACACCGAAGAGGGUAUCAAAUCCCUCGAUCAAUUCCUUUCUGGGAAAACCUAUAUUUCUGGGGAUCUAUUGACAAAGGAUGAUAUCAAAGUGUAUGCAGCUGUUGUGGAAAAGCCUGGGGACUCUUUCCCCAAUGCUGCCAAGUGGUACGAUGUUGUCUCUUCUCAACUUGCCUCAAGCUUCCCUGGGAAGGCUCAAGGGGUUAGAUUCAGUACCGUAUCUGCUCCAGCUGAAGCUGCACCUGCCAAAGCGGCUGCUACUGCUGAUGAAGAUGAUGAUGAUGAUCUUGAUCUCUUUGGCGACGAGACAGAGGAGGAUAAGAAGGCAGCAGAAGAAAGGGAGGCUGCUAAAAAGUCUGCCAAGAAAAAAGAGAGUGGCAAGUCUUCUGUCCUACUCGAUGUCAAGCCUUGGGAUGAUGAGACCGACAUGAAGAAGCUGGAAGAGGCAGUCCGCAGUAUUGAGAUGCCUGGUUUAUUGUGGGGAGCAUCCAAACUGGUGCCAGUGGGAUAUGGAAUCAAGAAGUUGCAGAUCAUGAUGACUAUUGUGGAUGACCUUGUAUCUGUGGACACCCUCAUCGAAGAACACCUGACAGUUGAGCCAUGCAACGAGUAUAUCCAAAGCUGUGACAUUGUUGCAUUCAACAAAAUUUAAGUUUUCUUGUUGGACUUCAAGUUUGGCCAUUUUCAAGCGGCUGAUCAGACUGUGAGUCUGAUUGAUACUCCCUCCCUUUCAUUCUUCAUGUUUGGUAUGUUUCGGUAGUGGUUUUGUUGCAAGGAAAACAGAUAGAUAUACUGAGUAUCCAUGCUAUGGUGUAACUUUGAAUAUUACUUUUUUAUUUAGAUUCCAAGAUAAAUGAACAAUGUUCUUGCAUUUAAUUGUUUA